AUGUCCUUAACCAUUAGCGGAAUACAGGGCCGACAAAUUACUGUGCCAACUGGACUGUUCAUUCACAAUGAAUUUGUGCCAUCGAUCACAGGACAAACCCUGGUCGUAGAAAAUCCUGCGACAGGUGAACAACACGGAACAAUCUCAGCCGCCGGGCCAGAGGAUAUCAAUGCUGCCGUGAAAUCCGCAAAAGCCGGUUUCGAAGCAUGGAAGAAAGUCCCCGGUCCUGCGCGAGCUCGCCUACUCCUCAACCUCGCUGAUUUAAUUGAGCGAGAUGCACAAGAACUGGCUUCCCUCGAAGCCGUUGACUGCGGUAGUCUUUUUACCGAUUCAAUGGGAAUGAAUAUCCCCCAGUCUGUUGGUUGUCUACGAUACUAUGCUGGAUGGGCCGAUAAGAUUGAUGGGAAGACAUUGAGUAUGGAUGGUGGGAUUGCGUAUACUUAUCGCGAGCCACUUGGUGUCUGCGGUGCCAUUGUACCCUGGAACGCGCCCUUGAUGAUUACAAUCUGGAAGUUGGCACCUGCGAUUGUUGCUGGAAAUGCCCUGAUCAUCAAGUCAUCCGAGAACUCACCCCUAUAUGCCCUGCGACUGGCCGAAUUAAUCAAGGAGGCUGGUAUCCCAGCAGGUGUUGUGAACAUUGUGGCAGGUGACGGACCAAACGCCGGUCAGGCUCUAUCCGAGCACAUGGAGGUUCGCAAGAUCGCUUUCACCGGAAGUGCCAUUGCCGGACGAAAGAUUAUGCAGGCGGCCGCCAGGACCAACUUGAAGAAAGUAAGCCUCGAACUUGGUGGUAAAGGUCCAUCAAUUGUCUUUGAUGAUUGUGACCUCGAGAAUGCCCUACUCUGGACCCGUAUCGGAAUUACAGCGAACAACGGUCAGAUCUGUGCGGCUGGAUCACGUAUCUAUGUUCAAGAUUCGAUUUAUGAUCGCUUUAUCGAGGCUUAUAAGAAGGCUUCAGCUGACGCACCUACCGUUGCUGGAAAUCCGUUGGAUCCGUCAACAACCAAGGGACCUGUUGUGAGCAAGGUUCAGCAUGAAAAAAUCUUGGAUUAUAUCCGACAGGGUAAGGAAUGUGGAGCACGUUUGUUAUUUGGUGGAGAACGUAUUGGCGAGAAGGGAUACUUUGUGCAAAACACUGCAUUUGCAGAUGUUGGUGAUGAUGCGACAAUCAUGAGAGAGGAGAUCUUUGGUCCUGUCGCGAGCAUCGCCAAGUUCUCCACCGAGGAGGAGGUCAUCUUCAAAGCCAACGAUUCAGCUCACGGACUCAGUGCUGCGAUCUUCACAAAUGAUGUGAACCGUGCUCAUCGUGUCACCCAAGCUCUGGAGUCAGGACAAGUUACUGUAAAUGCCUGGGCUAUGUUGAGUCCAAAUGUUCCAUUUGGUGGAGUGAAAGAAAGUGGGUUCGGUCGGGACAUGGGUGAGGAAGCCCUCGAGGGUUGGACUCAGGUCAAGGCAGUCAAGUACCACAUUCUUCCACGUCUGUAA